AUGUUGUCCCUCGCCCUGACUGUGACUGCUCUAGCAGCGUUUAUCUCCGCAUCUCCAGCAGACUUGUACCCCAAUCCAUUCAUUAACAAGGCCCAAUUUGUGAACCCGGCCUACGCUGCCAAGCUGAACACCACAAUCGCCUCCUUCGAAGCCAAGCACGAUACGCUCAACGCGGAUCGGACACGCACGGCGCAAAACAUCAGCACCUUCGUCUGGGUCACAAGGGCAGUAGACAUUGCCGCCAUUCCUGUUGCUGUCACCGCGGCUCGCACCGCGCGAUGGAAGACUGGUAAAGACCAGAUCAUCGGGCUUGUCCACUACAAUUUACCAGACCGUGACUGUAGCGCCGGCGAGAGCGCGGGUGAGUUCAGCUCGGCUAAGAAUGGACUUGAGCUAUACAAGAGGACCUUUGUCGACAAAUUCGCCAUGGAACUAGAGAAGGCGCGUGAUUUGACGUUCGCGGUCGUUCUGGAGCCGGAUAGUCUGGGGAAUGUGGUUACGAACCAGGGGAUUGAGUUCUGCAAAAAUGCAACGAAGGUGUAUGAGGAUGGCCUCGCGUAUGCGAUUCAGAAGUUGCAGUAUUCGCAUGUUCAUCUGUACGUUGAUGCUGCGCAUGGGGGAUGGCUUGGGUGGGAUGAUAACCUUCCUCUUGCCGCUGCCGAAUUCUCCAAAGUCAUCAAAAUGGCCGGUCCACACUCCCGCAUUCGCGGCUUCUCCACCAACGUCUCGAACUUCAACCCCUAUAUCGCCAACCCCCGUGCCAACUACACACAGUACUCAAACUCAUACGACGAGCUCCACUACGCACAAUCCCUAACGCCCCAUCUACUCAACAACUCGCUCCCUGCACACUUCAUCAUCGACCAGGGCCGUGCCGGGCUGCAGAAUCAACGGGCGGAGUGGGGCGAGUGGUGUAAUGUCAAGGCUGGGUACGGGCUAAGGCCGAGCGCGAAGACUGGGAGCGAACUUGUGGAUGCUAUUGUGUGGGUUAAGCCUGGGGGCGAGAGUGAUGGUAAGUGUGGGCUCGAAGGAGCGCCGGGAUCUGGGCAGUGGUUUAAUGCGUAUGUGGAGGGACUGGUGAAAGAUGCGAAUCCAGUGUUGGAUCCUUUGAAGUAG